CAGCGCUCCCCGUCCGGCAGCGGCGGCUGUGGUGCGGUCCCCGCCUCACGCAACAGGUCAGCGCCGGGAGCUGUGCCUGGAAACAAAGGGAGCCGAGCGCGGUGCGGCACCCGAGGAGAGCGCAGCUUCUGCGCGGCUUCUCGCGUUCAGCCAUUUGCAGCGCCCGGCAGCGCCCCUCCGCCCACCUCCCUCCUCCUCCCACCGCGUUCCCCCCUCCCAUCUCCGCUGCCGCAAGCUUCGCCGUUCCGCGGAGCUGCUCUGCAACGCCGGGCCCGAGGGGUGGGUAGGCGGCGGGCGAGCUGCCUUGCCGGGGCUGAGCUGCCUAAAGGGGGAAUGCAUAUGAGGAGCAGUGAUAUGAAGAAACCUUCUUGAAGUUCAUGUAGAAGAAAUCUUGGCUUCUAGGAUAUCUUCCAGGACAAACUGCAAGCACUGUCUUCCCCUGAAGUAGCUGUACAAGAUGAACAGGCUGUGAUAAUACUCCUAACUAUCUGACUUGAAAGGACAUGUUUCCAGGUUGCUCAGCACAGUGUGGGGUCCAGUUGCCAUGAAAGGAUGCUGCACAUGAAAACUGUUUAAAAUUUUCAUAUAAGAACAGAAAAAGCAGAACUGCUUUGCAGGCUAUUUGAGGUGUGAUAUUUGUAAAGGGAAGACAUUUGGGUUUUCAUAGGCCGUGCCUGACUGAGGAGAAGCCAUUGCUGGCUAGGCCACAGAAGCUAAAGGCUCCCCGAUGUCUCCCAGCAGGUGAUGGGCAUUUCCGUGCGACUAAGGCCUGUCCAGAGCAGCACUGUGCAGCGCCAGAGCAGCUAGCGUGGCUGUUGCAGAGUGUGGUUUGAUGGAGGGCAGCAGCACAGUGGAGGAGGAGGAGAGUGGGGCUGGGUCUGGAGCCCCACCACUCACCCUGUCCUCCCCCUGCAGCUUCAGCUCUUCUCUGUGCUUCAGCUCUGCCACCUCUGAGCAGGGAGCCCCAUCACCGUCCUCUACUGGUAGCCAUGUGGUGGAGAGCCAGUGGGAGCUCAACAGCGUGGCCUCAGAGUCGGAGGAGGAGGAGGCGAGUGCGCGGGAACCACCAGCUGGUGCACAGCCUGCAGGGCGGCCAGCUGAGGAGCCCGACCUUGUGAUUGAGGUGUCAGGGCAGCGCAUCCGGGCACACAAGUCAGUGCUGGCAGCCAAAAGUGACUACUUCCGUGCUCGUGCCUCAAGAGACAUCCUGCGGGUGAAGGGAGUGAGCUAUGGGGCGUUGAGGCUCCUCAUUGACUAUGUCUACACAGCCCGCAUGGGUGAGGUGCGGCACGACAACCUGGCCGAGGUGGUGAGCGGUGCCCGUGUCCUCCAGAUGCCUUGCGCCUUGCACUGUGCCGCUGAGGCCAUGCGUGCUCAGCUGCGUCUUGACAACUGCUACCAGCUCCUCUGCCUGGCCAAGAAGCAACGACUGGCAGAGCUGCGGGAGGCUGCCUACCGCUUCAUGAGUGACCACUACCUGGAGGUGCUGCGUGAACCAGGCGUCUAUGGCCGGCUCAGUGGGGCAGAGAGGGACCUUAUUCUGCAGCGGCGCCUGGAGGCUGGCCGGCGCUGCCUGUUGGUGGCUGAGGUCAGUGAUGCUUUUGAGCGGCCUGGUGGUGGCAGCCGACCACAGAGCCGUGAGAGCAGCCGCCCACAGAGCCCCUCUUCUGUGAUGUCUUUGGAGGAGAGUGGCUCCCUCAUCCAUUGUUACCAUGAGGCCAGCCAUGAGUGGAGGGUGCUGACGCGUCUGCCUGAGGAGGCCAAUGCCAAGGGCUGCGCCAUGUGUGUCCUCCACAACUACCUCUUCCUGGCAGGAGGCAUUGCUGCAGGACCGGCAGGCAGCGAGCCGCGGGCUCGCCUCUCUGACAAAGUCUUCUGCUACAACCCCCUCACUGACACCUGGAGCCAGGUACGCCCGCUGGCUCAGCCUCGCUCACAGCUCAAGCUGUUGGCUCUGGACGGCUACCUCUAUGCUGUGGGGGGCGAGUGCCUCUUCACCGUGGAAAAGUAUGACCCACGGGCUGAUCGGUGGAGCCCUGUUGCGCCCCUGCCCAAGGGAGCCUUUGCUGUUGCUCAUGAGGCCACCACUUGCAAUGGGGAGAUCUAUGUCUCAGGAGGAUCUCUCUUCUACAGACUGCUCAAGUAUGACCCCAAGCGUGAUGAGUGGCAGGAAUGUCCUUACAACAGCAGUCGUCGGCGCUCUGCUGACAUGGUGGCCUUCAAGAACUUCAUCUAUCGCUUUGAUGUGAGCAGUGGCCGUGGUGGAGAGCAGGGCCCAGGUGGCGGGACUAGUGGCGGUGUUGAAGUUUUCCGGUACAACACAGUGGCCAAGCGCUGGAGCCAGUGUGCCAGCUUGCGGCCCAGCAGUGGCCCCAUCCAGCCCUUCCGCUGUGCUGCCUUGGGUAACACCAUCUACUGUGUCAACCGGACCGGCACUCUCCGCUUCAACUUAGCCCAGGAUGGCGAGGUGGAAGCAGAUGGUGGGCUCAAGGGUACCUUUGAUGGGGAGCUUCUCAAAGCUCCAUUUGAUGCUAAGGGCCUCCUCCUACCCUUUGUGCUUACCCUUCCAGAGAAGCUGGAGAAAGCAGGGGACCAAGAGGGUUCCCUCUCACUAUGAGUGGCCAGCCUUGCUCUGGACUGCCAGAGGGCUGGUUUGCAGGUUUUGGGGAACACACAAAUUCACUCCCACGGAAGGGACCCCCUCCAACAUGUCUGCAGAGAGAAGGGGUUCCCCCCACCCCCUCACAUGGUUUUUGUCUGGAAGUGCUUGGUUGUCACUUGGAGGUAACUCCUACUGUGUUUGCUGUGCUUUGUGUGAAAAGCUGAGCAAACCAGAGGAGAAGCUGCUAUAAAAAGAUAAUCUCUGGAUUAUGUUUGUGUCAGUUCCUGAUACUUUUUUGCACCCAGGGUUCUAAAAAUUCCUGACAACAGCGUCGUAAUGAAAUGUUCUGGUUAGUAUUGGUUGUGUGUCUGCAUGUAGAUGUGAUCUGGGCAGGAGCCUCUUCUGCCACCUGUUUUCUUUGCUCUCCUGGAUGAUUCCAGGGGAUAAGUACUGCUGGCAACAUCGCUCAACUGUAUUUGUUCUUAUGUCAAAUCAACUAUUUCCUCUGCUAGAAAAGUAUAGGAAGAUCUUCUCAACAGCAGUGUUUCAGUGCAAUAGAUUGUUUGUGGAAGACAUGGCACUGUGUGGUCCCAGGAAUUUCAACUGCGAUGAUGUAACAGAUACCAGACUUAAAGCUUUAAGCAUCACAAAUGUGUGCCGCAUGUUCGUAUUUGGAAUAUACAAAAAAAGAAAAAGGAAGUUUCUUGUUUAAAAUGCGGCCUGUUAUGGCACAUAUGAAAUGAUAAGUUCUUUAUUUGAAAAAGGCAAUGGUUUCUGUAUAAAAAGACAGUGUUUUGUAACUUUUUUUAUCAGAGAUUUUAAAUUAUAACAAAAAAUGGACUGAAGCUGUUUGGACUGUGGUAGAUUUACAUGACCAUGUAGACCACUAGAGCUGUGGGAACUAUUUUGUACUUCAACUACUCUUUAAUUAACUGCAGGUCGAGGAAAAUUAAUCUAAACCAAAUGUAAAUUCUUUGAAACUGUCUGCAGACAGCUUAAAUGUUUCUUUGUAUGUUCAGUACCCCGUGGCAAGAGGCUUUUCCAACUUAAUGCAUGACCAUCAAAGGAGGACAUGGAAAACAGGAAUGUGCUACACAUGUUGAUUUUAUUGUGCACUAGCGUGAUGUUGUUUCCCUAUCUUUGGAUUGAGAGACUGCUUUAUUUAUUUUGAUUGACUGCUGUAAUCAAUAAGCCCUUGUCAACUGCAGUACGUGCUGAUGGCCCAUACUGUCAUUGGGAUUCCGAACCACUUGGGUGCUGAUUGUGGAGCAGCGUCCAAACAAGACACAACACCAGAGAAAUUCUUCUUGCCUGUGCAAAGUCAGAGCGUAUGUUUUUUGUCAUGUUACUUGGAACUGGAAAAGCAUAAACUGUCUACAUGGACACAAACUAUACUGAAAAGGGCACUUGCAUUUAUUUUUAAAACUUUAUAUAUAUAUGAAAAAAGUCAAUAGACAGACAAGGCAAAUGUUUUAGCUUUACUGUAAACCACUGAAACCUUUUCUGAAAAAUAGAACCAGUGUUUUUACUAUUAGUGAUUCAGCCUGGAAUUGUCAUGGACUAUGGAAGGGAGUUGUUUAUAUUCAAAGUCCUAGUAUAGAUUCAUAUUUUAGAAAUAAAUAGGGACCUUACAUCAAAGGGCAGCAGAUCUUUUUAUGUUUUAUUAAGAUGUUUCCAUUAGCAGAACAUUAGCAUUCUUAUGUUAUGGCUAGUUCCAAAGGGAGGCAGCAGGCUCUGUCCUAAGAGACGCCGUCUUUGCAGAAGACGGUAGUGAAGUUUAUAGAGAUUUCUUUCCUUUCCUUCCCAGAUUUUUUCUUCCUGGUUUUUUUUUUUUUUUUUUUUUUUUUUCCUUCUCUAUCUGUCCUGCAUUUUAAUACAGCUGAUCUGUUUUGCUAUCAUUAGUAAACAGUGGUUUGGUUCUGACAGUUCUUAGCCAAGCGAGCCUAUUCCCUGUGAGCUCAUUAAAGCAUCUCCCAGGUGGGAGCUGCACUUUGAUGCUUAUCUUAGCCUCACUGCAGGACAGUGCAGUGGAAUUUAGUGCCACAGAUGGUGAAUUUGUUAGUGAUUCGCAAAGAAACUGUUUUGUUGUUGUUUUGUUGAUUUUUCUUUUUGCUGAAUGAUGGUCUUAAUUCUUCAGUGAGAAUGCUUGGAAAUAUUGACUCAAUUAAAUUUCAGUGUUGUAGCUUGAGCGGGAAAGAAAAUGACGUAUUUGCCUUCAGUAUCAUUUUUUACUUUAACUGUAGAAGGUAUUUCAAGCUGUGUAGUGAAAUACUUAGGUGGAUAUUUAAACUGAAGAUGUAAGGGCUAGGCCAGGUUUUCAAUUAGACACCACCACAAACACCCAUAUGUCAGUUCUAUCUUACAGUACAAUGUGGUUUCGUAGUUCAAAAUAUUUAGUAGUACAGUUUUUAUGUUACAGCAUAGUAGGGAGUCAAGCCAGCUUUGUCACUCCUAUUAAUUGGUCAUUAAUUAAGCAUUCUCAUUCUGUUAAUGCAUGGAAAUGCUGCUAAACGAGUUGAGAAUUCUCCCUGACUUGAGAUGCAAAUAUAUGUCGCAGACUUUGAGGAAGAAAUGAAACACAUCCUUUCUUCCAGAACUUGUUGCUGUAUACCACAAAGAAAUAGAUUUGGAAAUAAUCUUUACAGCACUAUGUGUUUGCCAAACGUGCGGUGGUUUGUGUUUUUGCUAGCUUACAUCAUUAGCAGAGGUUGUUUCAAGUGCCUUCCCACUCCGCUGUCACACAGUGAGAGCAGAGUCUGGUCUCCAUUAGCAGCUGUCCAUCACGCCUGUUUCCUUCCUACACUCUGCAUAAUCACAGCCCGAUGACUGACUGCAGCGCUGUGUUUCAGCCCACAUUUCCUAGUCUGUGGCCUCUCUUUUCUCCCUGCUAAGCCUGAGGCAGAUUUGCUGGGAGCUGGUUUUUUUUUUUUUUCCUUUUUUUUCUGCUGCUUGCGUCUUUAGUGUAUUGAAAAAAUUAAUGCUUGGGUAAUAAAAGCAGAAUUUUAGUAGACUUUGGUAGUGGAAGACCAGAUGAUGUGAUACCCAGGAGUCACUGUUGUAAUAUGUUUGUAUGGUCCAAACCAAAGUGCCAUGCUACCCUCACACUGUGUCUAUGUUUGGCUUUUAAAGCAGUUAUUUAUAUAAUUGCCUGAAGGCUUCUGCAUUUGCAUGGAACAUGGAGACAUUUGCUUUCUUAGCCUGCAAUGAUUUAACCCAAAUCCCUGGAGGACUGGAGGACUUGGAGCUAAUCCCUGCUCUCUAAAUAUUUGCAUUACAAUAUAAUACAAUGUUUUGUACUAUGCACUAGUUGGCUAAAAAUCUCAGAAUUGGUCCAAAUAGGUGAAUUCAAACCACCAUCCUCACUGAGUGGUCUGAGACAAGCUGGAGGGCCAUUUUCCUUUCUGCUGUUUUUAAUUCAUGAAUUUCACAGUCUCCUCUCCCUCCUUUACCCAAGCAUGCAGGAAAUAUUUUUUCUUUCCUAUGGUACUCCUGUUUUCCAGGCCAUCUUCCAUAAGACAUAGACUUGAAUUCUCCUGAGCAGAAGAAGGACUGAGCUCAGGCCUCCCACAUCACGUGUAUGAAUUCUGAAAUCUGGAUAUUUGUACUAGAGUAUUGGUACUGCAUCCUACAGCUUCUUUCAGGGAUGAAUCUCAUGUCAAACUUUCAAAAGCACAUACAGGCUCCAACUACUGGAUGGGUAAGUCAGGAUAUGUUUAGUACCAGGAGACUGCAGAGGUAGUUCAGAUCCCCCUCAGGGUCAAUGCCUUGGUUAAGAGGUGUGCAUGGCAUGGAAAUGCUGGGAGCCUUCACUGCAUCUAAAUGAAAUCCCUGCAUGAAUAAAGGCAUGGGCCACCUCAGCAAAUGCUGAUUACAGACAGAAAUUUACUAUUUCCAUUAACUGCAUCUGUAAAAAGAAUUUAAUUACAGCAAAGCCAUUGGUACAAAUUCUGUUUACUCUUGGAAAAUAAGUCAAAGGAAUAAUUGGCAAAAGAAUAAUCCUAUUUGGUGAAAACAGGCACUGUUAAGCAACAUGGGAAGGAUGCUAAUCGUACCCUACUAAUGAAUAAAAUUAUGCAUCAGCUGAUGUGAAUUCUGUCCACAAAAACAAUAUCUUUGUAAACAAGUACAUGGUAAAAUGUAAAGAAUGAAUUAUUCCCAUGAAAUCUGUAACUCUCCUGUGCUGUCUGGUUGGCUCUCAGAGUACUGUAUCCCAAUGUUCACUAUUCAUGAACGGCCUGUUGCUUUUCUUGCUUUAUGGUAUCCGUUCCAUUGACUGCUCUAUAGAUGGGUUGCCUUUCAUUACCACAAAGCUUAACGUUGGCACUGGGGUGAUUUGCUUUGUGUCUGAACUGACGUGUAGUGCUUUCUCCUUGAAUGAAUCCAAAGGAUUUAGAAUUAUCUUUCUUUGGGCUUUUUAUUUUUUUUUAGUGGCGUUGCUCUUGGGAAACUUAAGAGAGCACAGGAAGGGAAAUGGUAGUGCACUGGAGGAGCAGUGGUAACAAGCAUUUAAUGAUUUUCUGUCCACCAUUGUCCUACACAUCAGAUGCACACUGGACUGAAAAAGGUUGUCUCUGUGUGACUAUUAGCAGUGUGAUCCCAAGCGCUGCUGUAGCAAAGUAUGUUUUUAUUUAAGUAUAUUUACUGGCUCAACUCCUACUCUGAGAUCAUUUAAUGAAGGUCAGUAGUAAUUCCAUAAUAAAAUAGAUUACUGGAACUAUUCUGAAUUGUACAGCUACUAAAAGCAGAUUGACACCCAAAUUCAGUAAAACCGUGCACUCAGAAUAUGUAAUAACACACUUUUCAUUUGCUUUGGCUUAAUGAAUGCUGUUGUAAGAGCUGCUGGAAUGAGCCCAUCCAAAUUAGGAAGCAGCAGGCUAUUUUAGAGGCUCUCUAAGCUUCAUAAAUUACUAAGUGAGAGGAAAUGGGAGAAUGAGGAAGAGGGAGAACUGGGAAAGAAAAAUACCUACCACGUAUUCAGUAGAAAUGAGUAGCAGAGAAGGGAAAACAGAGUUAGUGUUGAGACUGUGAUGACUACAUGACCAAAUUUUUUUUCACGUAUUUUUUAAGUAGUUUGAGUUUUUUGUCUAUUAUGUUGUUGGCCUUGUCGUUCUGCAAUUCAUCUCAAACAACCACAGUGUUCAGUAAUCUGCUUUUUACAGGAGCUUUGUGCUUUGCUUUUAAGUUUUGGUGGAUAAACCUUGGACAAAUCUGUGAAACCAUAAAGUAACCAUGUUGAUGCUGCCACUUAAAACAGGUUAAGUCAUGCAAAUGCUUUAGACACUGUUCACAAUUCAGGUGAAUUACAUGUGUAACCGAUGUAUUAACAGUUCGUUUUCAAAGUGUAUAUAGGUAAGGUCACUGUAAAGCUUUUUAUGUACUCCAACUUAUGCUGUAAUGAAAUAAAUACAUAUGAAAAGCUUACGCUCCCCUUA